UGUUUUGCUUUUUCCUGUUUUGUGCAGUGUUGGAACACUGUAUCACGUACUGCUUGAAGGAAGAAAAGAUUGUGAAUGAGUGGAUUGCUUUCAGCAUGACACGGGUUGGAUUUGCCCUGAAUGCAGGAAAUGUGGACAUCUUUGAACAUGAGGUUCUCAGUAAAAAAGCCAACAAGACUCGGCCGGCAUCAAUCAAACGGAACAACCGAGCACCAAUGCAUGACCUGAACACCCUUGAAGAGCUUGUCCAAGCAGAGACGGAGGAGGAGAACCUACUCGAUUCAUACUCCACACCAGCUAAGGCAGGUGCACAGAAGCGGGUGCUGACCACUCCAGAGCAGCCACAGUCAAAGAAGGUGUCCAUGAGCCGCAGUCCACGGCUCCUCUUCUCUCCAGCUUCCUUCUCUCCAAGCCCGAACCCAUCUCUGAAGUACAGUUCCAGAGCUAACCGCGGUGAAGUUGUUGUCUCGUUUGGUACGGCGCAGGGAGCCACGUGGCAAGGCAUGGGAGGCAGGAGUGCCACUGUUCAGCUGCUCCUCAUGCCUGAGGACUCGAUCAUCAAACGGUUCAAGUACAUGUUCCAGAAGCUGCGUGACAUCCGCGAUGUUCUCAAUGACAGGAUAGAAGAUCUGAGUCAGGUUUUGACAGAUCAUUACAACAUCGAGGAUAUCCAAUCAGUGGCUAUGCCUGCUCAGGAAUCGGUAACGUUCCUGGGGCAGAUCGCGUGCGACAGCAAUGGCAAACUCAAUGCAAAGUCAGUGAUUUUACAGGGAGACCUGAAACAUUCAGCAGGAAUGCAAGUGCCAGUAGAUCUGUCAGAGCUGAAGGAGUUCUCUCUCUUUCCUGGCCAGGUGGUGGCUCUGGAGGGAACAAACAGCACCAGCCGAUGUAUCGUGGCUUCCCGGCUCUACGAGGGUGUGCUCCUGCCUUUCUACAAACCAGAGGAGUCGCUUGAAGGUUUGGAGCAGCAGAUGGUUCUUGUGGCCUGUGGACCCUUCACCACCUCGGACAGCAUCACCUAUGACCCUAUGCUGGAUCUGAUAGAUGUCAUCAAUAGGGACCAACCCGAUGUCUGCAUACUGCUGGGGCCGUUUGUGGAUGUCAGACACCAGCAGAUAGAGAGUUGUCAGCUGACAGUGACCUACCAAGAGGUUUUUAAACAGUGCAUGAAAGGAAUCGUGGAAGGAACGAGGGGCUCAGGGUCUCAUCUUGUGGUCGUGCCAUCACUGAGGGAUGUUCACCAUGAUUUUGUGUAUCCUCAGGCGCCAUUCCACUGCUUUGAGCCGUCUAAGGAAGACAAGGAGCGUGUCCAUUUUGUUUCCGAUCCUUGCACAUUGAACAUCAACGAGGUAGUCUUUGCUGUGACUUCAACUGAUGUUCUCUUUCAUAUGGGAGCAGAGGAGAUUAACAGUCCCCCUGGCGGAUCAGACCGAUUUACGAGAAUCCUCAAGCACAUUCUGACCCAGCGAAGUUACUAUCCUCUGUACCCGCCUGCGGAGGAGAUCAACGUAGAUUAUGAGUGUCUGCAGUUGUAUGCGCAGCUCCCUGUUACUCCUGAUAUUUUAAUUGUGCCUUCUGAGCUGCGGUAUUUUAUUAAGGAUGUUCUGGGUUGCAUCUGCGUCAACCCUGGGAGGUUAACCAAGGGCCAGGUUGGUGGGACCUACGGGCGCCUGUUUGUACACAAACGGAGUAGUGAACAGGUGGAUCGACAGACUCCCUGCGUGGCUGCACAAGUGGUGAAAAUCUGACCCUCCCGAGGCAGGUGGACUUUUUCAUCCCACAAUCCCAAAUUUGGGAGAUUCCCUGGGCCGUAGCAGAAAUGCCUUACUGAGAGGUUCCUCACUGCUGGGCACGGUAUUGGGAUUCCUCCCUGGACCAUGCAGCAAAACUUGGAGAGUUCAUUACAGAUCAAGGCACUUUAUUUGCCUAAUACUAAGGACUUGAUCAAACAAGACCAAAUUAGCUCCAUCUAUUUUUCUCUUUCUUUCUUUC